AUGUCCCAAACCAUUGGCAAGACCCGUCUUGCCUACUCGCGCACAUGGCACUACAUCGAUGUUGGCAGCGAUUCACGGUCCCUAGGUCGACUCGCCACGUCCAUUGCCGUCUUCCUUAUGGGCAAACACAAACCAAUCUGGGAUCCUUCGACCGACUGCGGCGAUUACGUGGUGGCUACAGGAUGCAACAAUAUCCACGUCACCGGCAAGAAGAGGCUACAGAAACAGUACUACACGCACAACACACGCCCUGGCAGCCUCAAACAAAUGAGCAUGGACCGCAUGAUUGAGAAGUGGGGUGGAGGAGAGGUAUUGAAGAGAGCAGUGCGAGGUAUGCUACCGAAGAACAGACUGCGGGAUAAGCGGCUGGCACGGUUAAAGGUAUUCGAAGGCGCCGCGCAUCCUUACAAGCAGAAUAUCGUCAAGUUCGCUGGGAAGCCUCAUGUCCCUGGACCAGUCACUCAGGCAGUCGAAGCUUCCAAGACGAGUACGAGUCUGUCAUGA